AUGGUCAGUUUUACAUCUCUUCACACCGCAACGGAGUACUCUUUGUUGGAGUCAACGAUUAAAAUUGACAAACUAAUUGACUUUGCUAAGCAAAAAAAACUGUCCGCCCUAGCGAUCACCGACCACAAUGUUUUGCACGGCGUGAGUGAAUUUGUCUAUAAAUGCCAGCAAAACCAAAUAAAACCGGUGGUAGGACUUGAUCUUGACGUAGAAAACUACCGGCUGAUUUUGAUCGCGCAAAAUUACGCGGGCUACUUGGAACUUAUUCGUUUAUCGUCACAAAAAAUGCACGGACAAGCGGUUCAGUUGAGCGACAUUAAGCCAGCUAACCUAUUUGUAAUUGACCACCCGCGCUUAGGCUACUAUCAAGAGCGCCAGGAAAAGUUGACCGUAACUAAUUAUUGGGUCGGCGUAAGCGACCCCGCUAGCUCAGUCAGCGGAGCUGUUUACGUGCCUGAAACGCGCAUUUUGGAGUCCGAAAAAGAGAACGAGGCUUUAGAAAUACUGCGCAGCAUUGAGAACCGCUUUGGGAAAGCGGCGCUCAAUUUUGCACCUUACCAGUUUGAGGCGCCGAGCAAACAUCAGGCGGUCAAAAAGGCGCUCAACCUUGUCAGCCAAAUUAACCUAGAGUUUCCCGCACCUAAAAUUGACCUGCCUUUGUUUGACACCAAAACACCCCAAAAACCGGAGCAAUUUUUGGAAGAACUUGUCCAGCAAAAAAUUGACGCUCUAGGACUUGAUCCAAAAAACAAAGUACUCUACACGAGGCGGGCUGAACACGAACUAGCGAUCAUUGAGCAGCUCGGUUUUGCCAACUAUUUUUUAAUUAUUUACGACCUAGUCGCCUGGGCGAGAAGUCAAGACAUUCUCGUCGGCCCGGGUCGAGGUUCGGCCGCUGGUUCGUUAGUGGCCUAUCUUUUGAUGAUUACCGAAGUGGAUCCGCUUCGGUUUGACUUAGUUUUUGAACGUUUUCUUAAUUUAGAGCGAAACACUCUCCCCGACAUUGACAUUGAUUUUCAAGAUAACCGACGUUUAGAAAUUCUCCGCUAUUUGUUUGAUAAGUACGGUUCUGAGCACGUUGCUUUAAUCACAACUUUCCAACGACUCGGCGCCAAAAUGGCUCUCCGCGACGCGGGCCGAUUUUUAGGUGUCAACGUAGCCUUAGUUGAACAACUAACCCGCCUAGUGCCCAAUAACUUCACGCUUGAGCAAACUUACCGACGCAACAAAGCUUAUAAAAUGAGCGUUGAUCAAAACAAGACGCUCCAAGCGCUCGUCAGCAAAGCCACUUUAAUCGAAGGGUUGCCGCGCCAACUGGGUACCCACGCAGCUGGGGUGGUUUUGAACAGGCGCCCGAUCACUAGUCGCGCGCCGACUUUGAAGGGCUACCAAGAACUUAACCAAAUUCAAUUUUCAAUGGACUACCUUGAGCAGCAGGGACUACUUAAAAUUGACAUUCUCGGUUUGCGCAAUUUAACGGUUUUGCAAGCCGUGCAGCGAGAGGUGCAGAAAAACUACCGCAGAAGAAUUAAUCUGCGUCAAAUCCCUUUCGAUGAUAAAGCGACCAACCAACUUUUAACCGCUGGUGACACAAGCGGUAUUUUUCAAUUAGAGUCAUCUUUCGGCAUGAAAAAAACGCUGGUAAAAGUUCAAGUAUCUUCGCUCAACGAUGUGAUCGCGAUUAUUUCACUUUACCGGCCGGGGCCGAUGGAUAACAUUGAUUUGUACGUGGCUGGCAAAAGAGGGCAUUCAAUCCCAAAACUUGACCCGAGCAUUGAUCCCGUUUUGGCAUCGACUUACGGGAUUAUCGUUUACCAAGAGCAAAUUAUCCAAAUCGCCCAGUUUUUCGCGGGCAUGUCCCCCGGUCGAGCCGACGUUUUGCGCUGAGCGAUUAGCAAGAAAAACUCGCAACUACUCAACUCGGUUAAGCAAGAGUUUUUUGAUGGAGCCCGGAGCAAAGGUCAUUCAAACCAGCUGACUGAGCGCGUUUACCAGUACAUUGAAAAAUUUGCCGAGUACGGUUUUAACAAGUCGCACGCCGUGGCCUACGCGAUGCUGGCCUACCGUUUAGCUUACUUAAAAGCCCGUUUUCCGAUCGAGUUCUACACGGCGAUCAUGAACUCGGCGCUUGAUUCGCCCGUCUUGAUCCGCAACUACAUUCAAGAGGCUAAAAGUAAAAACAUAUUUACCUCUGGACCCGACAUUGUUAAUUCGCUCGAUGUGGUUAGUAACCAAAACAAAAGAUUAGUUCUGCCCCUCACGAUUGUCAAAGGCGUGGGCGAAAAUGCCUACGGUAAAAUCGUCCAAGCCCGCCAAAUAUUGCCGUUCAAAAAUUUGAUAACCACUCUCCAAGCUUGCAAAAUUGUCAAACUGAAUGACGGCCUAAUUAAUUCUUUAGCCAAAGCGAGCGCUUUUCGCGCUUUCUUAGAUACGAGCACUUUAAUCCAUAACUUGAGUAAGUUAGUCCGCUACGCAUCAAUGGUAGUUGUGGACGGAAAAGUUAAGGAGAGUUUGGCCGAACUACCCCAAAUUGAACAAGUGCCGCCCAAUAACUACCAGCAAGCCAAGUGGGAAGUUGAAACGACCAGUCUCCAAGUCAGUAACUAUUUCACCGCUCCCUACGAACAGACAGUCAAAUUGAUUAACUUACCGCUCGAUCAAGCCCACCAAAUUGUGGUCUGA